AUGUCCAGCAGCCUCGCCCUUCCGCCCCUCGUCCUCUCGGCACGAGCAGCGGCAGCGAGGCAUUGGCGGAGUCGAGGACCUCGCCCUCGUAUCGCGCAGCAUGGUCAGCCGGCAUCGCCACGCUUGGCUCUUCCCGGCCUCACGAUCAGCAACAGCAGCAGCAGCAGCAGCAGCAGCAGCAGCAUCCACAACACCCGCGGCGGCAUCAACGUGGCUGCUGCCGCCCCUCGCAUAGCGCCGCCUUCGGGCCACGCACCCCACGGACGGGCCUCGAGGUCAGCCGCUGGACCAUCUCGCUGCUUCUGCCAGAGCCACGGUCCGGCCAAGAGCUCCUCCUCCGCGGCACCCGCGCUCCUCGCCGACGCCUACGAUCCUUCCCCUUACGACGCUCGCGAUGCAUACUUCGCGGCCCCCUCGCGGUAUCAGCAACCCAGUCUCGGCGAUGCCGACGAGGACUUACCAACUUCAGCUCCGAUGCAGCUGGCAACGUCCUCGACAUCGCCCCCGCGACGAUCGCCCAAGGCCGACUUCUUCACUUCGGCACUCUCGGAACCCGCUUUCAUCGAUCGCGACCAGGAUGAGGGCAAGGGCAUGGGCAAGGCCAAGGGCAAGGGCAAGGCCAAGGAAGCGGAGCGUCUGCCCAACUGGUCCGACCAGCUCGCGCCCGACAUCGUGAACAGCUACCUCGAUCGAGCUCGGGUUCUGCUGCGAUCCGGAGAGCGAUCGCUGCCCGCCAUCGCCAAGUCUUUCCCUUCGUCUAGCGAGUGCUCACGAUCCCAGCUCAAGGAGCUGCAGUGCCUGGUGCUUCGCGACUGCAUGGAUCGGGAGGUCGACGCUGGCAUCGUCAGGGACCUCUACCGCUCUGCGGCUGGCGACCGGGAGUUCAUCUGCACUUCGGACCAUGGCAUGCAGCCCAGCCUGUCUCUCAACCUGCAGAGGUCGACGGUAUGGCUCUGCUUUCGCUACUUUGUCGUCGCAGGACUCCUCAGAGACGCCGUGUGGAUAACGAGCGACCCCAGGCUCAAGCGCUCGCAGGCCCGUUUCCUGAUCGAACAGCUGCUCUUUGGUCUCGAGGAGCCCGAGGUCCGAGCCCGGGUCGAACUCGAUCCCACCACCGCCGCCAUCGACUCCUUGGUCAACCCACUACCACCUUCCUCAUCGCCUCCGCCCCUGUGCACGCCCGAGCAGCGCGAUACGCGGCUCGCCCUGCAGGAACUGAGCGAGUCGAUGCGCGGCUGGAUCGACGCCGGCGUGCAGUUCAAGAAACCGGCGCUGCAGCGCGCCACGAUGCUGCUGUGCCAGGCCCGCUCCUACAGCCACCUGCUCCGACUCGUCCGCUCCCUGCAGCAGCGUGUGCAGCGAGACAUGGAUGCCUUGCGGCAGGACAUGAGGACCGCCGGCGGCCUCGUCAGGCUCAGGGCCCAAGACGACUCGGAUCCGCCAAUCUUUCUGCCCGAGAGCCGCGUGGUCCGGAUUAUCUCGUCGCUAUGUUCGCAGGAGGGCGACGGUCCUCGAACGGCCUACGAGAUCUUCAGGAUGCUACCGCCGGUGAAACGGUCCCGGCCGAUGUACCACUCGCUGAUGGAGCGCUUCGGCGAGGUCUCGAUCCUGCCGGCGGGGAUCGCAUCUUCCCCUUCCUACCUUGCGCAGGCCUGGGAUGGCGAGGACGUGGAAGAGGUGUCUUCAGGGUCCCCACCGCCGCCAUUGCCAUACUCUCACCAGCAGCCGGCACGAUCCGAGGACCGAGAGCUGUGGGACGACUACUGCCGAGCAACACAGCUGGUCGACGGGGAUGCGACAGCGACAGCAGCAGCGGAGAUGGCGCACAUGAUCUCGAGCCGGAUGCUCUCGCACGCGUUGCACGACAAUCUCGGCCUGAUCCGCGAGGACCUGCUGUACCUGCACCACGCCGCCGGCUCGUCGACGACGUUUCUCGACCUGACCGAGCCGAGCCAGCUGGCGGUGUUGAGCUGCGCCAUCCGACACGGCGACAUGUCGACCGGGUUUCGGCUUGCCCGGCUGCUCCUCUCGCACGUUUCCGCAGUCGACAGCGGCGGCGACGGCAGGACUGGGGCCGAAAUUCGGAGGCAACGGGAGGCGCUGGACCGAAGGCGGACGCGCAUCUUCAACGCGCUGCUCGAAGGCGCCGUCGAUGUGCGGGACGUGUCGCUGCGCCGGUCAUCUGUGGCUGUGCACCGACAUGCCCCGGACCCGCCGCCGUCGAGCGGCGCAGCCGGUGCAUCGGUGGCGGGCCAGAAAUACGCCAAACGACGGCUGAAGCACAAGCGGCUGACGCGGUCGCAGCGCCUGCAGCGCUUCCUCGACCGGUUUCGGAACCUGCUCGACCGGUUCGACCUGCGACCGGACUGGAAGACGGUCGGGCUGGUCGUCCGGCUCCUGACGCGGUGGGACCACGUCGUCGAUGUCGACAAGCUCGAGGAUGUGACGUGCAUCAUCCACGAGCGCCUCCUUUUCUCGGCGCGGAAAUCCGAUCAGCGCACCCUGGGCGGAGCGAAGAAGAAGGCGGACGACCGCAAGGGUGCGGCCAUUGUUCUGCGCACCCUCGUCAAGGCCUUUGAGAGGAGAGGCGACGUCGCGAGCGCCCGCGUCGUGCUGGAUCUGCUGCAGAGGUGCAGUCGCUACCAUGGCGCCUCCAUGUAA